GCCUCCUUCGGGUCAGCGGUGGAGCAUAGAGCCUCUUCUCGUCCCUUUCCGUCGCGUGGUUUAUUACUCGUAAAACUCGUACCUUUGAAGUUUCCAAAGCUCGGCCCUUUGAGCUCCACCAGAUCCGUCCUUUGACCAGAAUUCCCCUUCUUUCCCCUUCUUUCUUCUCCUUUUUCCGCUCCCUUUCCGCUUUUCCGUGCUUCCUCUGCUGCAAAGAUUGGAUCUUCUGACACCAUGAGCUCCGAUCACCUUUAGAACAUCUUCUUCCCGUUUCUUCUUUGUGAUGGGAUUUGUUCCGUCCUGCAACCAUGCUGUUCUGGAGCCAUAAAAGAGGCGCCUUCCGAUUGGGGCGCGGGGCGAUGGACUCCAAACAGCGGCUGCAGCACGAGCAGCAGGAGAUGAGACGGCCGCCCCGGCUAGACAGGCGCAACGCCGCCAAAAACUUCGAUUACGGGGUGGAGGCGGCGGCUGCCGGUGGCGUGUCGUGGUCCUCCUCUUCCUCUUCCUGUUCAGCCUCGUCGGACGAGUCGCCCCCGCUUCGUCCCACCCGAUCGCUGGACCUUCCGUACUCCAACCAGACCAGCUUCCGGAUUGGGGGCAUCGAGGGCGAGGUGGAGAUCCUCUGCCGUAGCCUCGGCCUCUCCGGGCCCGAGGAUUUCGCCAUUUCUCUGCCCGCAUGGGAGGCGCGCAAGGCGCUAUCCUCCUCCGACCUCCUCCACAGGAGAUCCCCACUCUCUCAUCCCGAUAGCGCAACCCAUGAAGACCCCACCUUUGCAUCUCAAUCAGCCACCUUGGCGUCGGAUUCACCGCCUACUUUUCACUCUUCCGCGUCCAUCGAAGAACCCACAGGACGUCACGAUGUGGAGGAGAACGAACCUGCGAAGAAUUCCUGCGAUACUUCCAUGGAAAUCACGGUCGCGGGUGAUGAAGCUGUCAGGAAUUCCGUCCCAUCUUUUGAACCUAGGGGAGGUGAUGGAGGAAUCCGAGGUGUUCGGCCAUCGAUUCUUGCUCCUCCGGCAACUCUUACACCGCCGCAGAUAAACUUGGCGCCCCUCACUCCACCACCGGCACUCCCACCGCCUCCAUACAUGUCCUUGCCAGCCAUUGACGGGAUGGAUUCAGCUUGGGACAUAGUGAGGUCUUUCGCUCCGGAGGACAAAGAUAAUACUUUUGGUGCCUGCGAUGACGAUGAAACGGAUGAAGAAGACAACACAAUAGAAGCAGAAGGAGAGGAAGAGUUGGUGGAGCUGAGGUUGGGGGAGACCUCCGAGGGCUUCACCGGGACUUCAUCCUACUCCACCAUGAAUGUUGAUGAUGAUAAAUCCAGUAUGAGUACUGAAACAAUGCUCAUAGUUUCACCAAAUGGCAAGUUCAAGAGGAACAUCAAGUCAUGGAUGCGAGGUCGACUUCUAGGGAGUGGUUCCUAUGGAAUGGUGUACGAAGGGAUCAGUGAUGUAGGUGUAUUUUUUGCUGUUAAAGAGGUAUCUUUGCUUGACCAAGGAAGUAAUGCUCAACAGUGCAUUCUUCAACUUGAGCAGGAGAUUAUGCUAUUAAGCCAAUUUGAACAUCAAAACAUAGUCCAGUACUAUGGAACAGACAAGGAGGAAGCAAAGCUGUUCAUCUUCCUUGAACUUAUCACACAGGGCUCCCUUGCAUCUCUAUACCAAAAGUAUCGUCUACAAGAUACCCAAGUUUCUGCAUACACCCGACAAAUUUUAUAUGGUCUAAAAUAUCUUCAUGAGCGAAAUGUAGUGCACAGAGAUAUAAAAUGUGCUAACAUACUGGUUCAUGCAAAUGGCUCUGUAAAGCUUGCUGAUUUUGGAUUGGCUAAAGAGAUAACCAAGUUCAAUGUGCUCAAAUCAUGCAAGGGAAGUGUUUACUGGAUGGCUCCUGAGGUUGUAAAUCCUAGAAAGACAUAUGGACCUGCUUGCGAUAUAUGGAGCCUCGGAUGCACGGUUCUGGAGAUGCUGACACGUCAGAUUCCUUAUCCUAAUCUUGAGUGGACACAAGCUUUAUUUAGGAUUGGCCGCGGUGAACAGCCUCCGAUUCCGAGCUACCUAUCCAGAGACGCCCAAGAUUUCAUCAGCCAAUGCGUGAAACCUAACCCGAGCGAUCGGCCAUCUGCUUCCCAAUUGUUAGAACACCCAUUUGUGAAGUGGUCACUGUCAGUUUCUGCAGUCUCUUGAGUUAUCUUCCGACAGUUUCGACUUGCGGAAAUAGUUGUGCAAUAGAUACGUUUCAAGGAUGCCAUCAGCACUCAUUUCGUUGAAUGAAUGGGUGGAUGCUUGCCUGAUUUGAAGCAAAGCAUUGCUUGCAGGACUUGAUUGCUGAAAGAUCGAUAGAUCAAGACAGACAAAAGUGUUCGGAGUGUGAAA